AUGUUGCAAACUGUAGAUAGAUGUUGCAUUAUUUGUCAGCGGACUUCGGUGAAUUUUCUAUUAACGCAGUUCACUGCACUGAUAUUGGCUGGAUUUUUAAGAACGUUUCUUAGUCCAGUCGCCGUUACAGCAGCCAUCAGACAUGUAUUUGGUCUCGUUAUCGGCCUUGCGCUUGGAUAUUUCUGCUUCGGCAGGCAGACGAUACACCUUGCAGCCCUUCCCGCCUUAUGUUACAUAGCAAUGCGCACACAAAAUCCUCGUAAUAUACAGAGGGCCGUGCUGACGACGGCGUUGCUCUACUUAUCAUGCGUGCAUUACCAUCGACAGAUGUACAAUUACGGCUCGUACUGUCUCGAUAUCACCGGGCCGCUUAUGGUGAUAACACAGAAAGUGACCAGCCUCGCGUACAGCAUACACGAUGGGUUAACGCGACGUGAAGAGGAACUUACGCCAACGCAACGCCAUCAAGCUGUGAAAAAGAUGCCGACAACGUUAGAGUACUUCAGCUACGUCUUCCACUUUCAAGCAUUGAUGGCUGGACCUGUGAUAUUUUAUCGCGAUUACAUCGAUUUUAUUCACGGAUCUAAUUUAGGCGGAACGAAACCAUUAACGGGCUGCGAUAAAAAUUCUGGUCACUACGAUGAAAUAGUCCUGGAACCAUCCCCGACGCCGGUUGUAGUGAAAAAGGUUGUAGUCAGUUUAUUGUGCGCGGCUAUGUUCGUGACUUUCAUUCCAACGUAUCCGAUUCAGAAGCUAAAAGACGAUGACUUCUUAAAGAACACAACGGUGUUUUAUAAGGUGUGGUUCUUGAUGGUGGCCACUAUGCUAGUUCGGUUUAAGUAUUAUCACGCUUGGAUCUUCGCCGAUGCAAUUUGCAAUAAUUCCGGGCUCGGGUUUAGCGGAAUAGAUGAGAAAGGCGAGGCCAAAUGGGAUCUAUUUUCUAAUGUCGACGUUUCUGGUUUCGAGAUGUCUCUCAGUUUGAGGGACAGUAUCGAGCACUGGAACAAAGGAACCAAUAGGUGGCUUAGGUCGCUUGUAUACGAGAGAGUAGAACAUAAUAAAGUUAUGUUCACAUACGCUCUUUCUGCGUUAUGGCACGGUUUUUAUCCUGGUUACUAUUUAACAUUCGCCAACGGAGCCUUUUUCACUAUAGUAUCACGCUCUGGUCGUCGUAACAUGCGACCACACUUCUUAGGGUCCAAGGGGAAGAAGUUCCUUUACGAUGCGCUUACGUUCAUUGCAACGCGAAUCUUAAUGGCCUAUAUCACAUUCAGCUUUGUACUCUUGGAAUUUAUGCCAAGUCUCACGAUGUACCUGUAUUUAUACCUGUUUGUACAUAUAUUCGGUUUAGUUAUACUAGUGGUCGCACCUCGUCUUCCGAAACUCCCAUCGCACAACAAAGUAAACGAGGAGGAAUCGCAGAAUUCUCAGAAAUUAAUCAAUGGAACCGCGCGUAAAUCCAUGUGAACUAUAUUUCGAUGUGGCCAAAACAAAAGGAAAGGAAAGGAAAACAGUGACGAUCCACACAAGAGAUACAUAUUUUUUAUGAAUGUUUUAAUAUGCAUAUAAAUUUUAUGUACAUAUUAUAUACACGCACAUACAUAUAUACGUAUGAUAUUUAUUGUUGCGACGUGUUACUAGUACAAAUUCUAUGUCGAGCGUGUGAAAAAAAAUUAUAUUUGUUUUAUAUAAUGUGAGUGAGUAAUCGUAUAUUUAUAUGAGCGUUUCGUACAAUAACGUCGUCAGCAAGCAGAAAAUAAUCCGAAGCGAUACGGUAGAUAUUAUUUGUCAGAAAUCAUGUUUCCACGUUCCUUUUUUUUUUUCUCUUUCUCUUUUGCGGUGUUUAUUGUAAGGAAUGAUGAACAGAUUGUAACGUUUCCGUAGGACGUGUUAUGAUUUUAAUUC